CUUUACUUAUUAGUGCGAGAGUAAAGUAGGUCAUAGAGAAUGUAUACUGAGCUGCCGAGCGCCGUCCAUAUUCGACUGACUAUAACUUACAUGUGAUUAACUGCCUCUUCAUGUCCAGUGCCUGUUUUGUGUAUUUCCGCAGAAGCCAGCGCUGUGAGGAGACAGCUGUUUUCUGAGAGGAGGAUCUCGUCAGGCAGCCUCAGGAAAUGGUGAAGGAAGAACAGCCUUCGUCUCUCUCUGUGAUGGUCUAAUGGCAGACCAAAGAAUGGACAUCUCCUCCACGAUGAAUGAGUUCAUGACUCCCAGUUCCACUGAUCUGAUCAGCAGCUCCAUGGCUACGCCGGGCAUGGACUACACCCGCAAGAGGAAGGGCAGCAUCACCGACUAUCAAAUUGAUGGAUUUUCUUUUGAAUCUGAGGCUUCAUGGAUGAGAUUCCUCAUCCCAAGCUCACAGCUCACACAGUCCGCUGAGAGUGAAUGGGACUGUAUGGACAUAGACACGGACAAACAACUUGAAAGGGCCGAUCAGCAGAUUAAGAAUUCAAGGGAGGCUCACAGUCAGAUAGAGAAGAGACGCAGAGACAAGUUGAACGGCUUUAUUGAUGAGCUGGCUUCAUUAUUGCCUACCUGCAGUGCCAUGUCACGCAAGCUGGACAAACACACGGUGCUGCGCAUGGCGGUCCAGCAUAUGAAAACACUUCGAGGAGCUGCAAACCCUUACACCGAAGCUAACUACAAGCCAGCCUUUUUAUCAGACGAUGAGCUAAAGCACUUAAUAUUAAGGGCUGCUGACGGUUUUCUGUUUGUUGUGGGCUGUGAUCGGGGAAAGAUCCUUUUUGUGUCAGAGUCUGUCUACAAAAUUUUAAAUUACAGUCAGAAUGACCUGAUUGGCCAGAGUUUGUUUGAUUAUUUGCAUCCUAAAGACAUUGCAAAAGUCAAAGAGCAGCUCUCAUCAUCUGACACAGCCCCACGUGAAAGACUCAUCGAUGCUAAAACUGGGCUGCCAGUCAGGACAGACAUCGCCCCUUGUCCCUCCAGAUUGUGCUCGGGGGCCCGACGCUCCUUCUUCUGCAGAAUGAAGUGCAACAGGCCCCUUGUCAAAAUGGAGGACAACGAUUUUUCCUCAACUUGCUCCAAAAAGAAAGCCGAUCGCAAGAGCUUCUGCACCAUCCACAGCACUGGCUAUCUGAAGAGCUGGCCGCCCACAAAGAUGGGUUUAGAUGAAGACAAUGAGCCUGAUAAUGAAGGCUGUAAUCUCAGCUGCUUAGUGGCCAUUGGCCGAUUACAUCCUCAUAUUGUCCCACAACCCAUGAAUGGAGACAUCCGUGUGAAGCCCACAGAGUAUGUCUCGCGCCAUGCCAUUGAUGGGAAGUUUGUCUUUGUGGACCAAAGGGCCACAGCCAUUCUUGCUUAUCUACCUCAAGAGCUGCUGGGCACGUCAUUCUAUGAGUAUUUCCAUCAGGACGACAUCGGACAUCUUGCUGAAUGCCACAGACAAGUGCUGCAGAUGAGAGAGAAGAUCAACACUAACUGUUACAAGUUCAAGAUUAAAGAUGGCUCUGUUAUAACUUUAAGAAGUCGCUGGUUCAGUUUCAUGAACCCUUGGACCAAAGAAGUAGAAUACAUUGUUUCAACUAAUACAGUUGUCUCAGGCAGUUCUCUUGAUGGAGCAGAGCCUGGUUAUCCUCAGCUCCCUGCCUCCCCUCAGAGUAUGGACAGCGUCCUUACAGCUGCUGACGGCUCGGGGAAAACUGUCCCUGGAAUCCCUGGAGGCACAAGACCCGGAGCAGGAAAGAUCGGCCGCAUGAUCGCUGAGGAAGUGAUGGAGAUACAAAGGAUAAGAGGCUCAUCUCCCUCUAGUUUUGGUUCAAGUCCCCUCAGCAUCUCCAACAGCACACCCCCUCCUGACACAUCCUCUCCGGGGGGCAGGAAGAUUUCAAAUGGUGGAAGUCUAGACAUUCCUUCAGCAGGGAUGUUGUCGGGUCAGGACAGCAUAGGAUAUCCUUACUCUAACAGCUCGAUUUUAAGUGAUCAGUCACACAUCUGUAUCGGUGACAUCAUGGACGAGCCGGGCUCCAGCAGCGAUGAGGCUGCCAUGGCCAUCGUCAUGAGUCUGCUGGAGGCGGACGCAGGUCUGGGAGGUCCCGUGGACUUCAGUGACCUGCCCUGGCCGCUGUGAGAGCCCUGAAGGAGACCUUCACCCAGUCCUAACGGGGUACGGCAUCAAUCCAUCCCACUCGUGUUCAAACCAGCCAUGACCCUGACAGUCAAUGCAUGCGGACAGUUUGUUUAUUUGUUGGUGACGUUACAUUUGUUUUUGACACGGUGCCUCAGGUAGCUCCACCCACAGCAAAAUCUCAUUGGUCCACAGCCUCAUUCUACAACUGUGUCAAGUUUGUUUCAUCAAGGACAAAAGAUUUUAUAGCACCUGAUCGGGACACAAUAUUAGAUCGUUCAACAUCUUACAACAGCCAUUAUUAGUGCUGGUACGGUGUAUAAGGGCAUUGUUUCAGUCUAUGGAAUGUCAAAUAACUAAACACCACAAAUCCUGUUGGGCUUAGGUUUUUUUUUUAUAUCCACCUCAGCAUUUCUGAUCGUUAUUGUGUUUCAGCAUGUUUGCCUAUUAAAAAUCAAAUGUGUAUCAUAGAUAUGUGUAUUCUAACAUGUACAAGUAUUUUAUCUUAAUGAAUGAUUGAAAUGAACCGAAAGGGCAGCAGUAUAUUUUAAAAUAAUUAAAAAUAUAUUUCUUUCACAUUGUUUUUUUUUUUUCGUACCCAUGAUUCACAUAGAAAUUUAACCCUUUUUUUAGUCCUUCCGGCUGAAAAGGUUUGAUGGGGAGACCCACCUUGUCAUAUUUUCAUAAUUUUUAAAGACGCUGAUCUAGAAGUUGAUAAUUAAAUGAACUGCAGUAAAGUAUAUAGUAAAUGCUAAAUUUAAGGUUUAGUAGGUAUUUUAGCUUUAGGGUUAGAUCACUGUUUGUUGUGUAUUAAGUACCAACAGCACCAUGGUGUUAGGUGCUACACUACACUGGUAUGUUACAGUAAUUUGGCUCAGCCUAAUUGUCUCGAAUUUUAUGUAACAGUAUUGUACCAUGUAUUUAUGUUUAUGUGUUUCAAUGACUUUCAAAGAGCGAUCUACACAAUCAUUAAUUCCCUUACCUGUCCAACCAUAACAGAAACAAUUUGGGAUGAUUAAUAAGGAUUUUCUUCAACAUCAAAUAUUUUCACCUUGUGUAUGCUAUUAUUUUUCGUUUUUUUUGUCUUCGGCCAUACAGGUACUGAUUCUCCCAUUGUCUCCAUUGGUAAAGCAUGAAAAUACACUCACUGGCCACUUUAUAAGGUACACCUAUACCUAUGCCUCCAUUCUUCAUGGCAUAGCUUUAAGGUGCUGCAAACGUUCCUCUAAGAUUUUGGUUGCUAUUGACAUAUCACGCAGUUUACAGCAGAUCUGUUGCCUGCACAUCCAUCAUGUGAAUCUUCCAUUCCACCAAAUCUUAACGGUGCUCUAAUUUAUUGAGAUCCAGAGACUGGUGAAGCCCUUUGAGAAUAAUGAACUCAUUGUCAUGUUCAAGAAGCCAGUUUGACAUGAUUUGAUGGUAUGUUUUGUGGCUAGAUGUAGCCAUCACAAGAUGGGUUCACUGCUAAUAAAAGGAUGGACAUGGUCAGCAACAACACUCAGACCGAGGAGUUUAAAUAGCACAUUUUGGGCCCUUUAAAACCAACUGAGCGCUAAGUAAAUAUCCACCACACCAUUACACCACCAGCAGCAGCCUGAACCACUGAUACAAGGCAGGAUGGAUCCAUGCUUUCAUGUGACAAGUGGUCAUUUGAGUAACUGUUGCCUUUCAAUCAGCUUGAACCAGUCUGGCUGACCUGCAGGUCAUUGGAUAUGUUCACUUUUUUGGAUUAUACGCUAUAAACCUUAAAGAUGGUUGUGCAUGAAAAUCCCAGUAGAUCAGGAGUUUCUGUAAUACUCAGACCAGCCGGUCUUGCACCAACAACCAAUGACCUGGUUUUGACAUUUGUUUCUACAAACAUAUAAAAUUGGUUUAUUUUUACAUUUAGACCUGCUUUUAAACUGAAUACCAUUUAUUCCCAAACUUAAUUUUUAAGUGUUGUGCAAAAGUGUACAUGCUCUGCAUUUUGGUUCUCAAAUCCUCUGCAUCUAUUCUGUAACUUGAACUAUUUUUGCUACAUGUGUUACAUAAUCACAAGAGUCUCUGUUUUAAACUUUGGCAUCAGUGAAACACCAAAAAUCAAACUUCACGUCAAACACUGUACAUUACAUAUAUAUCUUUAUUAAUACAAUGAUUUUCAAGCGCUUGAACAGACAGAUCUUGAGCAAAUGAAUUAAUGUUGAUCUAAGAAAAACACUGCAUUCAUUCACCAGGCAAAUGGACCUCCCGAGGAGACACGGGAGUUUGAGGAGAUCAAGGAGAGAUCUUUCCAAAAGAAGUGGCACCAAACCCAAAUGCAUCGAGUGUAAAUAAUUUCAAAUUUACAAUAAUUCAACUCACUGCAGUAAUAAUACAGUAAAAUGGAAAAAAAAAACAAUAGUUAUAAUUAUAAUCACAUAACAGGCCCAAUUACAAAAUAAGUGGGGUUGCUAACUUCAAACAAACAAAAAUAAAUUUCCUUUGGUCAAGUAAAAAAAAAAAA